AUGUCCCUGUCAUGUGCAGGUACCGCCGCCAGAUGGCGAGAGGGAGGACUGGGAGGACCCCGCGGCGUCUGGAGGGAGGGGAAUACUAGCCGGUCUCCGUGGCCCACGGCGACCCGACCCCGCUCCGGCGAAGACUGGGGAGGAAGCGGGAAGUACGGACUGGCUGCGGGAGACGGGCCCCCGGGCCCAGAGGACAUGAGGGGACGUGGCUGGAGACUUAAGCAUCGCAGGGAAGAAGAUGCCGGCUGUGUGAACGGAGGCUGCAGCGGUCCCCUCGGCGCCGUACCCCGCGGAGACAUCAGGAGUGCCACUCUGGAGCCCCCCAGUGCGCCUGUUGAGACGGAGGCCUCAAAUGGGCAAGAGGGUGAAGGGGACAAGUCCCUAAAGAAGGUGACAGAUGACCUGGCGACAGGUGUACCCUGCUUAGAGAAGAGCUCUGGCACCACCCCUUCUGGAGACUCACUUGUACGCCAUGCCAAGGGCCUGGGCCAGGACACCUUCAAAAUUUGUAAAGAAUAUCUAAGGCCACUGAAGAAGUUCUUGCGAAAGUUACACCUGCCCAGGGACAUUCCGCAGAAGAAGAAGCUGAAGUACAUGAAGCAGAGCCUGGUGGUCCUAGGGGACCACAUCAACACCUUUCUGCAACAUUACUGCCGAACCUGGGAAAUCAAGCACUGGAGGAAGAUGCUCUGGCGAUUUGUCUCUCUCUUCUCAGAACUGGAGGCGAAACAGCUUUGCAGGCUCUACAAGUACACCAAGAGCAACCAGACGGCCAAGUUCCUGGUGGCCUUCCGCCCCCGGGACGCCCCCGAGAGCUCCUUGCUGGCCCACCAGGAAGACUGUCUGCCCAAGCUCUGCAGUGCCUGGGGGCUGCAUGGCAACAUCAGCGGCAUGAAGGAGAGGCUGUCCAAGAUGCAGGCCCCGGGCCUGGAGGCCUCCCUGCUGGGGGAGCCCAGAUCCCAGGCCCAGGUCAUGAAAGAUCCUCUAAGGAAACCUCCGCACAAAACAAAACUCAAGAGAAAGAGGAUUAAGGAAGCCCCAGGGACCUGCCCAUAAGAACAUCAGGCGAGGACAGAGGGCCGGCUCACCCCGGGCCCCAGAGCGCUGGUCUUCAACACCUCUGCACCCUGGGGGCUGGGACCAAUGAGAGGAAAGAAGAAAACUGUCUUUAUUAAGAGGAUGCUCGGCUCUUAGUUAUGUGUAAAUGGGGUGGGAAAUAAAUAACCUUAAGACAGUUCUACCUUA